ACUACAUAUCCCAUAAGUCCUUAUUUACGUAUGACGUCAUUUCUCUGCGCCUGGUGGUGAGUUGGCUUUAGGAAGACGGCUUAUUGGCGUCUGGUCUCCUGGCCCUGAAGUUUCCCAUCAUCUUGCUCACCAUGACCAAGCUCCUGGAGUGGGUGUUUGGCGUCUCGGUAAUAGGUGCAGCAUGGGCUCUCAUGACUUUUGACCUUCUGAACUUGAGGCUCCCAGUGGCCUACAAGGAGGUGGCCUGGCCCAUGCCUGUGUAUCUGCUGGUGGUGUUCGGCUGCUACUCCCUGGCUACUGUGGGAUACAGGGUGGCCACCUUCAACGACUGUGAGGAGGCAUCCAAAGAACUACAGGAUCAGAUCAAGGAGGCCAAGGAGGACCUGAGGAAAAAAGGGUUGAAGAUGUGAAAAGUACAGACUAUAGAGACUCUUGAGAGACUAUGUGAUAGACACCACAAUGACAGACUUGGACUCAUAUACAACUCAAAGUUCUUAUCAUGGACCAUGUUAUUUUAUUUCGUACAAUGUCCAUAGUGGAUAAAGUCAAAGUGGUUCUUGCUUAGUUACAUACGCCAGUGUAGCCUAGUGGGUAGAGCAUUGGACUAGUAACUGAAAGGUUGCAAGUUCAAAUCCCCGAGCUGACAAGUUACAAAAUCUGUCGUUCUGCCCCUGAACAGGCAGUUAACCCACUGUUCCUAGGCCAUCAUUGAAAAUAAGAAUUUGUUCUUAACUGACUUGCCUAGUAAAAUAAAGGUAAAAAUAAAAAUAAAUAAAUUGAAUGCU